AUGAAUAAAAAAGACUAUAAAAAUGAAGUUUUACGCCAACUUGGUAAUGACGCAUUCUACGAAAAAUUGAGUUAUAAUCCAAUGAUCAACAUUCAAGAAAAUAUAAGCAAAUGUAUAGAGGAACUAACUGAGAGAAACAAUGCUAUUGACCACGAAUUCGACGUUUUUCCUAAUGAAUGUCGCACACCGUCAUUUUACGUUCUUCCAAAAACGCAUAAACAACCGAAUGCUGAUCUUCCGUUAAAAUAUCCGGGUCGACCUAUAGUUUCCGCCUGUAAUUCACCGACUGAGAAUAUUUCAAAAUAUUUGGAUAGCAUAUUAAAACCGUAUAUGUUCCGACUCCCAUCUUUCAUUAAAGAUACGACGGAUUUUAUUCAAAAAAUUAAAAAUGUGAAGUUGAAAAGCAAAGACUCAUUAUUAGUUACAAUGGAUGUAUCUUCACUGUAUACAUGUAUUCCGCACUCUGACGGCAUAAAAGCAUGUGAAUAUUUUCUAAAUGAAGGAAAUAGUGAUCAUAACUUACAAACACCAGUGCUCUCUAAUCUUAUACGGAUAGUUCUUGAAAAUAACUUUUUCGAAUUUAAUAAUGAGUUUUUCAUGCAAACGUGCGGUACUGCUAUGGGAUCAUCUAUGGCGCCAGCAUAUGCCUCCCUGUUCAUGGGGAAACUGGAAAAGGACUUUAUCGAGUCACGAAAUAUCAAACCGACGCUGUGGCUACGUUUCCUGGAUGACAUUUUUCUAAUCUGGGACGAUACUCGCGAGGAACUCGAGAAUUUCAUUCGUGAUCUAAAUGAUUUUCAUCCGACGAUUAAGUUUACGCAAACCAUUUCCAGUUCAUGUGUUGAUUUUCUUGAUGUGCGUGUUUCCAAAAAAUAA